CAGUUCGCGAAAUUAACUCCAGACGAGGGAGCGUAUUGUUUUUAGCGAGGGUGAAAAAUCGGUGUUAAAACUUGUAUGUAAUUGACGUAGUUUUGAUGUUUUUGAGUUUAUUUUGUGUUUAGAGGAAGUAUUCCAUAAAAUUGAUUUGCUGACUUGAAUGGUUUAAAUCUGGAAGCGAAUAAGAGAAUGUGAGCGUGAAGAGAAGGAUUACAAGAUCGCAUACUAGAUGAAAGGCCUUAUCACAGCCCGUCGGAUGGAUUGCGGGAUUAAUUAAAUCCAGAGACAUGGUGUUAAACACCGAAUUAUCACAAGUUGAAGUAAUAGAUCUGGUAAACGACGGCAGUGGCUUAGCAUUUGGAAUUAUUGGUGGCCGCAGCACUGGCGUAGUUGUCAAAACUAUUAUACCUGGUGGUGUAGCCGAUAGAGACGGUAGACUUCAAAGUGGAGACCAUAUUUUACAAAUCGGUGAAGUGAACUUGAGAGGGCUAGGAUCCGAACAAGUUGCUGCCGUGUUAAGACAGUGUGGUGUCCACGUCCGAUUGGUGGUUGCUAGACCUAUAGAAUCAGCCAACCUGGAGUUUCAGAUGUUGAGUAGUAUGGCGCCAAUAGUACCAACUAAGAUACUCGGCGAUCCUGUCGAGUUAGAUCGUCAUCUUUCUGGAGAAGCUUUUGCGUAUCAACCCUCUCCGUCCACAUUUCACCGUGGGCCUUACAUAUAUACUGGUCAUCAUUCAGAAGUUCAAUUACAAGAAUUGGUCCCAUACCUGGCGAGAAUAGGAACAGAAAAUAAUUUUCCAGAAGCACUUCCCAUGACUUUUUCCUACCAUGAACCAGAACUUCCCGAAACUGAAACGUAUGAGGUAGAGCUCGAAAAAGAUGAUUUAGGACUUGGUAUUACUGUUGCAGGAUAUGUUUGUGAAAAAGAGGAAAUCUCGGGGAUUUUCGUUAAGAGCAUAAGUCAAGGAAGUGCCGCAGAUUUGACGCAAAACAUCAGGAUAAACGACAGAAUUGUUGAAGUGAAUGGAGUUUCUUUGAUAGGCUUCACCAAUCAUCAAGCUGUCGAAUUUUUACGAAACAGUGGUUUCAAUGUGAAAAUAAAAUUAGAAAGGUAUCUGCGUGGACCAAAAUAUGAACAGUUGCAACAAGCUAUCAAGGCAAAUGAACUUAGACCUCCUUCUCCACCUUCACCUACUUUAACUUCUUUACCGAAAGUGCCCUUGAGUAUGGUGCAAAUGGAUUAUCUUAGUAUCGAGCCGGACGGAGAAUCACGAACGAGUUUUGAGUUUGAUUCCGCUAUUCUAUUGGAGACGAUGAAUAUCGCAGAAGAGGAAAAAGAAAUUUUGAUAGGGGGCGAAAUACGAUCAUUCCAAUUCAAAAUAGAAAGUCAUGAAAUUAUUCACGAAAAAUGGAAAAAUAAGUUUGAGGAUGAUGUUGAAAUUGUGAUUGCGCAAAUGAAAAAAGAACCUACUAGUGGCUUAGGUAUAAGCUUAGAAGGAACUGUAGAUGUAGAAGGUGGACAAGAAGUUCGACCACAUCAUUACAUUAGAAACAUUCUACCAGAUGGUCCUGUCGGUCAAAAUGGAAUUCUGCAAUCUGGAGAUGAAUUGCUAGAGGUUAAUGGUAUUCAACUGCUAGGAUUGAAUCAUCUUGAAGUUGUAACGAUACUUAAACAACUGCCGUCUGUUGUCAGCAUCGUUUGUGCUCGGUAUCCAGUACAUACUCGAAUAAUUGAUACCUCGCAGCAUCCGGAAGCUUUUAGAGCAAGGAAAAUUUUGGCCGGUAGCUUACAAACUUUGAUUCCUAUCAGUGAGACCAAUCACCUUAUGAAAGCUAAAUCUGAGAGUUCUCUGUCAUCAAGUAUUAUUAGCGAAGUUAUCAGUCGGUCUAGAUCGUUAGAAGUGAUACAAGGUAUGCCCAUGUGGAACGAAGAACCAAUUGUAGUAGAAUUAGUGAAAGGGGACUAUGGACUAGGAUUUUCAAUACUGGAUUAUCAGGAUCCCCUGUAUCCUCAAAAAAACGUGAUAGUUAUUCGUUCAUUGGUGCCAGGAGGAGUGGCUCAAAGCGAUGGACGACUUAUACCUGGAGAUAGACUGCUUUCUGUGAACGAUAUUAAUGUGGAGCACUCAUCUUUAGAUGAGGCGGUUAAUGUACUGAAAGGAGCUCCUAAAGGAAUUGUGAAACUCAUUGUUGCCAAACCACUGACUUGUGGAGAUGCCGUUUCUCGUACAAGUCAGGAUACUGAGGAAGACCAUACAUGCUUAGAAGACUUUCAAGAAUGUAUAGAAGAAUUUCAAGAAUGUCUAGAUACCAUGAAUAUAUGUAUAGAUGAUGAUAAUUCGUGCAGUCAUUCAUUUAAUUCGGACGUAGAAGAUUUAGGUGAAAAAGCACCACAAUAUAACAAAAAUGAUCUUUUUAGAAGCAAUCAUAUAAAUAGAACUAAGCCAAAAUCUAAAUAUAGUGACAGUGAUGUAGACAGUAGUUUUGAUAGUGAUAAACAGACAUUGAAAAUAAAAGAAAACUGUGUUGAAUUUAAUAAACAGCUUGACAAAUUCGAAAUAUUCUCGAAAAACGACAGUCUGUUAAGUGAUAAAUUUUCAGAAAAAGACGAUUAUGAGACGUGCGUGGAGGAAUCGUGGUCAGAAGAAAUUUCUGUGGUUAAAAUAAGUAACAAUACGGAAAUCAAAUCAGUAGAAUCUUUAGUACAAAUAAAUGACACCAAUAUAAAUUGUAUACUAGAUGUUAUUGAUUCCAAUGAUGUAACUCCAACUAAUUCCAAAGUGAAUUUAGACCAAUUAUGUCAAGAAGUACCUGACACGAAUAGUAAAAUUUAUAAUACAACAGUAAAUACCGCUUCUUCGGAGCCGUGCCUAAACAAGGAUUUUGUUACAACCCACAUUCGUUUGGAUAGUAAACUUGACGACGAAUUAAAAUCUUAUGAUAAUAAUAUAAACGAUCCCGGAGAUGAGUUUUUUCUAGUUUCGUACAAUCAGCCAAAUAAAAGUAUUUUCAAAAGUUUGACCGAACUGAAUAUUAUAGGAUCCUAUGAAUUUCCAUCCAAAAGAAGCUAUAGGAAAUGUUUGAAGGAAUAUUACAACGACUACGCAGAUUGUUUGGAAGCUUAUAAAAUAUCUCUAAGCGAUACAAUGGAAAAAGAAGAAAUGUCAGACGACGAUAUAUUUAAAGAUAUAUUUCUUCCGUUCAAAAGUAAAUCUACUCCAGACAUCAUCGACAGAUCGUUCGUAAUGAUAACCUACGAUCCAGGACCUGAUUACAUGACAAGAAGAAAAUCUGCUUUUACACCCGGAUACCAAUAUAUGGAACCUGAAAUGACAGUAAUACAACCGAUAGAAAUUGAUGUAAGGGGAUGCCAAGUCGAGGAAAUGUUGCAAAAACACUGGGGAUCUACUCACACGGUGCACUUAUUUAGAGAGCCAAACAAAAGUCUAGGCAUCAAUAUUGUCGGCGGAAAGGUUGAUUUGCAGGUAUCCAAACAAUCGCCAGAUACGCUUUUGGGAAUUUUCGUGAAAAGUGUUGUACCCAACAGUCCCGCUGGUAAAACUGGAAUGUUUAAGGUUGGUGAUAGAAUACUAGAAGUUAGCGGAAUCGAUUUGAGAGAAGCGACCCAUGAAAAGGCCGUUCAAGCAAUACGGAAUGCCUCAAAUCCGGUUACUUUUAUCAUACAAUCCCUUAUACCGUGGAAAAUCACAGAUAACGAUACCAAAGAAAAUGGUUGCACAUCUCCAUUUCCAUCGCCAGUUAGUAAUAGAAGCAGCGCCAGUUAUAACAAAGAAAACAACCAAAUAAAAGAAAUAAAUGGAAACACACCACGAUUCAAAGGAACGGACGAAAUAAUUUCUAAUGAAAUCCAAUUGUCUAAAACUGCUACUCAAGUCGAACACCCUGCUACUGAUGACCCUUCGAUGGGGGCCAACCUCAACGUAGUAAUUACUCAAGUAACACCAAUCCACGCUCCAUUAUCCACAAACAUAAACACAAAUACAUUUAAUGAAGAUGUUGGUGAUAAACUUGACAACGAAUUUCAAGAAAACGAAAAAGAACAUCAAAAGUCGACAUCUCCAGCUAUAUAUGAAUCGGAAAGUGAAGAAGACGAUGAUGAAGAAGACGACGUUCGGGAACUGGAAGGAAGGACUGUCUCCGCCAAGGGGUAUGCGAUUGAUAGAGCAAGUGCUGGAAACGUUAAAAGAACUAAAGAAGAAAUAAUUGCAGAUACUGAAGCAGAAGAUGAUUAUGGUUACACGAUGAAUAAAGUGAAGAAGAAAUAUGCUAGCUUGGGUAAUAAUAUCCUCAUGGUACAAUUGGAACGCUCCAAUCAAGGAUUGGGUCUGAGUCUAGCUGGCCAUAAGGAUCGAAAUUGUAUGGCCGUUUUUGUUUGUGGACUUAACCCGAAGGGAGUCGCAUAUAAAACGGGAAGCAUACAAAUCGGAGAUGAGAUAUUAGAGGUGAAUGGUGUUGUAUUACACGGUCGGUGCCACCUUAAUGCAUCGGCUAUUAUUAAGGGCCUAUCAGGACCAACAUUCAAAGUUAUUAUAUUAAGGCGAAAAACUGCCAUAGAUGAUAUUGCCGUCAAGCCUAUCACACAGUUCCCAGUUUCACUAGCAGAAGAGGCCUCCGAAGAACAAUUUAGUGCUAGCUAUCCGAAUGUGCGCACCGUGGCUGUUAAAAAGCAACCCAACCAGAGUCUAGGAAUUAUGAUAAUAGAAGGCAAACAUGCAGAAGUGGGACAAGGUAUCUUCAUAUCCGACAUUCAAGAAGGGAGCUCGGCAGAGAAGGCUGGUCUUGAAAUAGGGGAAUUAAUCUUAGCAGUGAAUAAAGAUUCUUUAGUUGGCUCCAAUUAUGAAACAGCAGCAAAUUUGUUAAAGAGAACGGAAGGUUUGGUUACACUGGUUGUUUCCAAUCCUGGUAAAAAAGAUCCAGCAUCAUCUUCCACGCUGGUUCCAAAUAUUUCGUCCAAUAGCAUAGAAAAUAAAAAUGCUACUUCUAAACCUUCCACCUUGAAAGCAACGACACCAUCAUCUAGACCUACUACACCUGUACCUGAACCUCCAGCAGAUCCUCUAACAUGUUCUAUAAUCCCCGGUAAAGACACUACUAUUGAAAUUGCUUCGGACAACAAAGGACUAGGCGUCUUUUUUGUCGGAGGAAAAGACACUCAAAUUCAGAAUGCUAUAAUUAUAGUGGAAAUAUAUCCGGGUGGUUCAGCAGAUAUAGAUAAACGUCUGCAACCUGGUGAUAAUAUUUUAGAUGUAAAUGGUACAUCUUUGAAAGACGUCUCCCACACAACUGCUUCCCAAGCUUUAAGACAAACACUGCCAAAGAUGAAAAUCGUUGUUUAUCGACCUAACACAAUUGUAUACAGUCCCAUCGAAACUGAAUUAGUUAAGAAACCAGGAAAAGGAUUAGGAAUAAGUGUGGUUGCAAGGAAAUCCGGUAAAGGAGUAUACAUAGCCGAUAUUAUCAGCGGCAGUGUAGCAGAAUUAGACGGUAAAAUAGCUAGAGGCGAUCUAUUAAUAUCCGUGAACGGACAUAACGUCGAAAAUGUUAGCGGAGAAGAAGCUGGGGCCAUUUUGAAGACUGCCACGGGAAGAGUUUCUCUAAAACUAAAUAGAUACAAACCUACAACGAGAUAAUUCAUCUAUGUUCAAUCUGUUAUCUAAUAUAUCGCAUCCUAAGAUUUCAGUAACGAAAUUACUUGUUACUAAUGAUGAAUGUGUGUGAGUUUCCAAGCAUAUUGCCAUAAUUUCCAUAAGUACACAUAUUCGUUGCGAUUUCUCAUCAAUUCGACUUGAAACCCGAAAGCUAUAGAAAUACAUCCUGAAAGUAACAAACUUAUUCUAUCCAAAGCAACAAUAUCAAAAUAAAUUACAAAUACUAAUGAAUGAAACAUAGUAUCUUAUAGCUUAAAACAGUUGAGUAAGUGACAAGGUAUAUUUCGUUUUCGAAAUACUGGGUAAACUGUAUAGUAGAAAAUAAGUGUUCAAAUGUUUAUUUCCGGCUGUUAAAAUAAAACAUUCAAAUUAUUUGCUUCUCAAUAGAAGUUCGGUCAGUUGGAAAUCAUAUUUUGAACCUUUAUAUAAAUAUUUUUAUUUAUUGUUAAGGCUCUAUGACAACCAAAUAAGUUUCAAAGUACAUUUUAGUGGUCAAGUUUCAUAUAAUAAAUCUUAGUGAUAUUAGAAUCCAGAAUAAAUUCAAAUAUUUUUAAAGUUAAAUAUAGAAAUUGGUUAUUAUCUAUCGGUUGUGGCAAAAAAACACUGUUUCUUCUCCAUUGUGAGAAUUGAAAAAUUUAGAAACACUUGUUAUGUGAUAUAUAUUUAGUUUUCUUAGAUAAAUUACCUAUAGAUUAUGUUAAAAUGAAGUAGAACAUUUAAAUAUUAGUUCAAUAAAUAUUGCAAAUUUAGUAAAAUA